UCGACUCGAGACACAACAUGCUUCGCGCUGUGACGGGAGGAGUGCGAGCCGCUGCUGGGCUUGCCACUGCUGCUGUGCCUACCGCUGCUGUGCGCCAGCAGAGCACACAGGUUGACAAGUCUGAUGGGUGGGAUGGCCUUUCUACUGAUCCGUCUAACGACGAGCUGCUCAACUACAACGCCAAGUCUCUGUUCCUGACUGAGCUUGCGCGCGGAAUGGCGCUGACGCUGGAGUACUUCUUUGCGCCCAAGGUCACGCUCAACUAUCCGUUUGAGAAGGGGCCCAUCUCGCCGCGGUUCCGUGGUGAGCACGCGCUGCGUCGCUACCCGACGGGCGAGGAGCGGUGCAUCGGGUGCUCGCUCUGCUCGUCGGCCUGCCCGGCAUCGGCGCUGACCAUUGAGGCUGCGCCGCGGAGCAACGACGGGACCCGGCGGACGAUCCGGUAUGAUCUCGACAUGACCAAGUGCAUCUACUGCGGCCUGUGCCAGGAGGCCUGCCCGGUCGACGCCAUUGUCGAGGGUCCCAACUUUGAGUUUUCCACCGAGUCGCGCGAGGAGCUCCUGUACAACAAGGAGAAGCUCCUUGCCAACGGCGAUAAGUGGGAGACCGAGAUUGCCGAGGCUCUCGAGGCUGACUACCUGUACAGGUAGAGGCGAGAAUAAAGAUCUGCAUCACACACACA